AUGUUGGUUAACUCGUUUACUAACUACACUAUUGGCUGGAGCUCAACAGUACUUUCUCAAAAUUACACACUCUUAUCAAUUGUAUUAUUCGGUAUAUUUCUUCAUUCGUUCUUAUGGAGUCAACUCUUUUAUCACAAAAUUAAAUAUGAUCUUAGUUUCAUCUUUCCAGUUGGUUAUAUUUCCACUGAUGUAUUUCUUUUAUGCGCAUAUCUUGUUCAAUAUAGUAUUCGAAGUAGAGCAACAACACCAACAUCGUAUAUUUCAUGUUACUUUGAAGCUUAUUUUAUUAUUUAUUUCAACACUCUUGAAUCAUUUUAUUUAACUGCUUUGAAUGCUUGUCGCUAUUGGCAAAUUGUUCGAAACCAAAAUAUCUACAAUAGACAUCCACAUUUCAUUUUAUUCAUUUGCGCAAUAAUUCCAUUAUUUAUUCUUAUUAAUAUGAUUGUACAAGAUCAAAUGAGUUGGUGUAAUGUAAUUGAAAAUGUCGGAGAAAGUUGUUCUAUUACUUAUAGUUCUAUUCCCAUUCGAAUAUGGAAUGUUGCACUUAUGUUUGCUUUACCUAUUAUCAUUAGUCUUAUAGCAUCAAUUCGAUGUGUACUUCAUAUUAAACAAACACAUUCACAACAAGUUCUAUCACGACGAAAUCAUCAUCGUCAAUUAAUUUAUCGAUUCAGUAUUUUCUAUACAGUAUGGAUUAUUCUAUGGGGACCAUUCGUAUUAUUAACUUAUCUUGAUAUGAAAACAAUUAGUGAUCAGAUCGAUUUCAUUAUCAGUAUAGGAAGUACAUUAGAAGUAGCUAUUGACGGUAUUCUAGUUAGUGCACUUGACAAACAUUUUGAAAUGGCAUGGAAGAAAACUUAUGAGAGUAUUCUUCUUAAAUUAGGUUUAAAUGGAAAAAAGAAAGUUAGUCCAAUACAUCAAUUAACAUUAGUAAUGCACGACAAAAUGGAUUCAAAGAAUAAUAUAAUGAAUAAGUAA